AUGUUCUACUCACCAGAAGAAAUAGAGUCCGUGCAAAUACCUGAAGGCCACAAGAUUUUCGAGUUAGAUUCUUGGUUAGAGCCAUACAAAUAUGAAAUUAAACGGAGAUAUAAGUGUUUUCAAGACUUUAAGAACUGGAUCGAUCAAGUUGGAGGCAUGGAGUCAUUCACACAGGGCUAUCUUGAAUUUGGAAUUCAUGUGCGAGUCGAUGGUUCAGUUUAUUGCAAAGAAUGGGCACCUGCAGCCAAAGAGGUUUACCUAAGGGGAGAUUUUAAUAAUUGGAAUGAAUAUGAGUACCCAUUUAAAAAACUCGACUAUGGAAAAUGGGAACUUAUUAUCCCUCCAAAAGACGGAAAGUCUGUUCUGGAACAUUUAUCUAAGGUUAAGCUUCGCAUCGUUACUCCUGAUGGCCGAUGCUUAGACCGACUGAGCCCAUGGGCACCGUAUGUUAAAGCCGUGGACAAAAACCUUAUUUAUGAUCAACUAAUUUACAACCCUUCGGAGCGCUACGUUUUGAGGCACCCUAGACCAGGGAAACCGAAAAGUCUAAGGAUUUAUGAAUGUCACGUAGGCAUAUCGUCAUCCGAGCAAAUUGUCGCAUCAUAUGCUCAUUUUAGAGACAAUGUUCUCCCCCGAAUUAAAGACCUUGGCUACAAUGCCAUACAGCUAAUGUCAAUUAUGGAGCAUGUAUAUUAUGCUUCAUUUGGAUAUCAAGUUACUAAUUUUUUUGCUGCAUCAAGCCGAUAUGGGACACCAAAUGAUCUCCGUUCUCUCGUAGACGAAGCACAUCGCUUGGGAAUAUCUGUAUUGUUAGAUAUAGUACAUAGUCAUGCUUCAAAAAAUACUAACGAUGGGCUUAAUCAGUUUGAUGGAACUGACGCAUGCUACUUUCAUGAUCGUGGCCGUGGAGUUCAUGAGCUUUGGGAUUCUCGGCUUUUUAACUAUACUGAACUUGAAGUACUUCGCUUUCUGCUUUCAAACUUGCGUUGGUGGAUAGAAGAGUAUGGAUUUGAUGGCUUUCGAUUUGAUGGGGUUAUGUCAAUGUUAUAUCAUCAUCAUGGUCUCAUGACAAACUUCUCGGGUCAUUAUGGUGAAUACUUUGGUCUCUCGGUCGACACUGAAUCCUUGACUUAUCUAAUGCUUGCUAAUAAUUUCCUCCAUGAGAAAUAUCCAUUCAUUAUUACUAUUGCAGAAGUAAGUUUAUUAUUUUUUUAA